AUGAGUCCUGCCUCAGCGCGCAGAGCAUUCCCAAAGGUGGAGGAUGAACAAAUCGUCAACGGCUAUCUCAUCGCGCUCCUAGCCUCCAUUUGCAUGUACCAUCCCGAUGUUAGUCUCCACUGGUCACCAGUUCGAAAGUCAUUUCGAUUUGGGAAGAGAGAUGUAGAACCAAACAGCGGGGAUAGGCCAUAUCUCUUCGAAGCUAGAACAGACGGACAUCUCGCUUCGCGAAAUCCAGGGCCCAAUGAUGCAAAACCAUCUGCGGUUAUUGUGGAAGUUAAACCCACCAACAGACGAUACAACAACAGGGUCAUUUACCAGGCAACUUCCCAGAUGGUAUCUUGGAUAUAUCAGGAGCCAGAUGCACCAGGCGCCAAAAAGCAGUACCGUCGACCUAUGAUAAUUCAAGAACGGGAACAAAUAAGACUUAUCAUUGCAACUUAUGACCAAGAAUACAUCGAUUACUUAAAUAACAAGCCACCCAGUGGAUCGGAAAUCCCGUUAAUGACAAUGAACGAGCUAUUUACAUGGGACAUCACGAAGCAGCAUCACAUGGAAGUAUGCGGCCCUGUACUCUUAGCUCUUGCGCUGCAAAAUGGUAAAUUAGAGAACUGA